AUGGCACCUAAGGUCGCCCACACCGAGCAACCACACGAGGAAAAGAAAACUGGAGGCUCAAUAGAUGGGUUGACUCGAGGAAUUCGUGCCAUCCUACUUGGGCCCCCUGGAGCUGGAAAGGGCACGCAAGCUGGAGAUCUAUCGAGGAAAUACGAGUCGUGCCAUCUGGCAACCGGUGAUAUGUUGAGGGCUGAGGUAGCUUCUGGAAGCGAGCUGGGGAGGAACUUAAAACAGACGAUGGACGAAGGGAAGCUCGUGAGUGACGAAACCGUUUGUGAGCUCAUCGAUCAUCAUUUGAACAAACCAGAGUGCGCGAAGGGAUUCAUUCUUGAUGGAUUUCCACGAACGACUGUCCAGGCUCAAAAGUUGGACACCCUCCUCGAGAAACGAAAGACACCACUAGAUACCGUUGUUGAAUUUAAAAUCGACGACAAUCUCCUUGUGCGACGUAUCACUGGCCGUCUUUUCCAUCGUGAGAGUGGUCGUUCGUAUCACGUCGAGUUCAAUCCACCAAAGGUGGCCGGUAAGGAUGAUCUCACUGGUGAACCGUUGAUCAAGCGCUCGGACGACAACGAAGAAACGCUGAGGAAACGAUUGUUGCAAUAUCAUGAAAUGACGUCACCCCUGGUUGGAUACUAUCAGAAACGAGGAGUCCACACGGCUUUUGAUGCUUCCAGACCCAUCAAGGAUGUGAGCGCCGAGAUCGACGCUCUCUUCGAGAAGUUCACCAAAAACAAGGAUCGACGCAUGUUUGCC